AUGCUCUGUGAGUUUUUUGUGUCCUGCAAACUGAGAGUGAAGCCGCAGGCUUUACAAAUCCACAAAUAUGCUGUUCGAUAUUCACACAAUAGAAGAAGUCGGGUUUUCGUUCAUCCUAUUGCCUCAUCUAGUGAUAAAUGGCAAAGAAAGCAUGAUUUCCAGCAUAUAAAGAUGCAAGAAAAGAAAGAUAAAAACAGCAAGAAGAAGCAUGGUCAGUCCCCUGUGUUACCACCGUACAAAUUUGGAAGUUAUCCCAGCUUAAAGCUUCCCGAUGAACAUAGAAGAGAAAGCAUAGCUAGGCUUGUUUCUAAGAUCAAUGACUUUCAACAGCUUAAACUUCUUCCUGAAAUUCGUGAUGCGAUUAUUAAGGAAAUCAAGGAGAACACAGUCUUAAGAAGUCAGAAUUAUAUGAAUGCUCAUACGAAAGUUAAAACAGAGGGAGAGCUUAAUGGUUUGAUUAUUCGUCCUACACCGAUUCAGACUGCUGCAAUUAAAAUCAUCAACCAGAAAAGAGAACCGGGGGAAUUUUUAAAAGUUUACACAUUGGCGGCAGAAACUGGGACUGGCAAGACAUGGUCCUAUCUGGCACCUUUGCUUCAGUAUCUUCGUGAACAAGAUAUAGCCCAUGGAACUGAUGAUUACGUUGAUAUUAAUGGUGAAAAUGAGAAUCAGGAUCUUGAUAUCGCCGUAAAAGCAGCCAAAGGUGAAUUUAUCGGUGUUUCAAAGAGUACAUUUCCUGAAAUUGAUAAAAAGAUAUUUGAUCGACCUCGAAAAGCUGGUAUAAGGAGUCUGAUUCUUGUUCCUACCCAUGAACUUGUAGAUCAAGUUUACUCCACAGUUCAACACACGUCGAACACUUUGGGAACAAGUUGUUUUAAGUGGGAUUUAGACUCCAAUUUCAAAGUGUUCAUGGAUGCCUUUAGGAAGGGAAUUGAUGUUUUUGUGAGUACACCUCCAAAAUUGCUAUCAUUAACAAAGUACGAUUCAGUCAAACAUCCAAAAGCUCUUUUAGGCUCCGUUGGAUUUUCUGUUGUUGACGAGGCCGAUACUUUGAUGGAUGGUUCCUUUAUUCAGGACACUUACGGAAUACUUCGGAAUUUACCUAACCUUAAUACUUUAGUGUUUGCUUCUGCUACUAUACCCGCUGAAUUCAAUAGGGUUGUUCACAAGUUGUUCUCUGAUGUUGUCUCAAUAACAACACCGGCAUUACAUAAGCUGCCUAAGGCAAUUGAAUUCAGAGUGAUCAAUGCAGCUUUAGAUCCGUACAAGGGUUCUAAGAUGAAGGCCUUGGCACAGACACUUUACUCCAUACACUGUGACGGAAGUGAGAAAGGUUUCGAGAAAAGAGUUAUAGUGUUUGUGAACAAUAAGGAUGACUGUGCCAAAGUUGCUACCAGACUACGUGAAAAGUAUUCUGAUGAUGCUGUUUAUAUCAGUGGUAAUGAUACCCCGGAGGAAAGAAAACUGAAAGUUAAAACUUUUAUUGAUCCUCCAAGCAGACUGGAGGAUUCCAAAAGGCCAGUAUUAAAGGUACUUGUUUGCACGGACCUUCUUUCAAGAGGAUUAAAUUUCACUGGUAUUCGGAAUGUUGUUCUCCUGGAUGUUCCACAUAACUCAGCGGAUCUUGUUCAUCGGUCCGGAAGAACAGGCAGAAUGAAUCAAAGCGGACGAGUUUUCCUCAUAAUCAACAACAAAGACAAGUCGCACGUGAAAGGAUUACCGAAGGUGCUUAGAAAUAAUAGACGUUUAGGUUGA